AUGGCUUCAUAUUCGGUCCCAGAAGAAUCGAGAAAGGUCCUGCUCGAGGGCAUUCUGAGACAUCCUCAUCAAGUACUUCCUACUGGCUGUGUCGAGCUACUUGACAAGAUCAAGUUUGAGGGUCGCGAUGCACCAACCAUGGCUAUAAAUUGGCGUCUUGCCGAGAGCGUGUCCUCGUUGAAAGGCCUUGAAGGAAUUCUGCUCAACUUGCUCUUGGAGAAAAAGUACGGCAUUGCUCCACAAGAGGUCACCAUCAACACCGACCACGCCCAAUUAUUCUUAAUGUCCUUCUUUCUAAUCGAACUCAACCCAGAGAGACCAGACGUUCCUGUUAAACAGACAGAACUCCGGGAGCUGAAUCGGGUCUAUUCCAAGUACUUCCCGAAUUGCGACUGUCACCAUCAGGUCUCGUCCCAGUACCGCAAAUCGGUCCACAAUAUCUACAAAACUCGUGAUGGGCGGUUCUACCACCUUCACCCAAGCCUCAAUCCAGAUCCAUCGCUCAAAGCUUGCGGUCUACCAUGGGAUAUGCCGGAGCUGAAAACCGUCGAGGAAUCAUGGGCGCCGUUCAUUGCGAAAAUGGCAGAGAAGGAUGCCGCCGAGUGGGAUGCUCUUCUUGUUGGGGAAUACUGUCAGGCCGGCACCAUCUGCUUUGCGCCCGAGGAGUACGGCGAAACUCCGCAGGGCAAAGCUCAUGCCAAUGUCGGCCUCUAUACAAUCAACGAAUACCCAGAUUCCUCGCUGAAGCCUUGUUGGUGGCCCAGUGUCCAAAAUACCUCUGUCAAGCGUCCACUAGCAGGCCUAAAAAUUGUGGAUCUGACCAGGAUCGUUGCCGGUCCUUCGAUUUCUCGCAGUCUGGCAGAGCUAGGCGCCAGUGUCAUGCGAGUAACGGGUCCUCAUAUUGCAGACUUCUCGGGGCUACAUCCGGAUUUGAACUGGGGCAAGUGGAAUUGCCACCUGGAUCUGAGAAAGGAGGACGACCGAGCAAAGCUUCGAGAGCUGAUUCUCGAGGCCGAUGUUGUCGUCAAUGGGUACCGACCUGGAGUUUUGGACAAGUACGGCGCCGAUCAUACAACUGUCUUCAAUCUAGCCAAAGAGCGUGGCCGCGGUAUCAUCUAUGUGCGGGAGAACUGUUUUGGUUGGGAAGGUCCCUGGGCGCAUCGGGCAGGAUGGCAACCCAUUAGUGAUGCCUGUACAGGCGUUUCCACCGGCUUUGGACGAGCCAUGGGCAACAAUGAGCCCGUCACUCCCGUUCUCCCCAAUUCAGAUUUCUGCGUGGGCAUCGCUGGAGCCUGUGCCACUCUUCACGCCCUCCUUCUACGAGCGGAGAAAGGUGGCUCGUACUUAUGCAACCUCGCUUUGAACUACUACAACAAGUGGUUGGUUGACAAAGUCGGCGAAUAUCCUCCUGACGUGUGGGAGGAUGUGUGGACCCGGAGCGGGCGACGUGUUUUCCGACACUAUCACAAUAUGAACUAUACCGAACCUCCCUAUCUCGAGAUGUUCCGCCAGCAGGGUUUGUAUAACCUCGAUUUCUUCGAGGUUCGGGAGACCAAGGCCCUGGGCUUGACCAUGCGAGUGCCAAAGCCGGUCUUGCGAUUUCCCCCAGGAACGGUGGAACCUGGGUACAACGUGGGGACUCGCGGCAAUGGACUGGACCAGCCGUACUGGCCUGCUGACUUGAGUACCGAGGUAGUCAGAUAG